AUGGAGAAUACUGGGUCCGGCACGACUGCUCUUUCCGCCACAUUGAAACGUUCCACACUGACAGCGGGAAUGGCUCGUCUCGCAUCUCAAUCUCCCCGCGUCGCAAAUAACCCUGAACCCUUUCAUCCUCCUCGGCACGACUCCCUGACCUGCCUGUCUCAUUUGAAUCCACACUUGCAACAAUUUCCGUCCGCCUCGCCAGUAUCGUCCUUUUAA